AUGGCUGGCGUUCUGAGAAUACAACACGGGAAGCAGUUGGGAGCGUUGUUUAUGUUAUGUUGUCUAGUUUUACCAGCUCUAUCCGCAGAAGACGUUAGCUAUCAAGCCUGCGUCGAUAAAUACUCCAGGAAAGGUUACCAGCCGUGGCAAGAGUGGUCGGAUCACUACACGUGCCACCGCUACAGAUGCGAGAUCAGAGACGGGAAAUACUUCAUAGCUGCUGUCGGAUGUCGAAAACCAAAAAUACCGGAAAACGCACUGGAAUGCCACGAAUACAUCGAAGACGAGAAUGUCGAAUUCCCCACGUGCUGUGCGCGAUUGCGUUGCGUCGUCGAAGUAAAUGGAGAGAGAAUAGUGCAAACCAGAGGGCAGCCUGGCGAACUGUUCCCCGAUAAACCAUGGAAGGGCCAACAAAACGAGCCAAAUCCUGCUGUUGUCGGAAUGAGCGGCAUCCAGCAGACACCGGUCGGUGGCGAGCCCCAGGGUCAGGCGUCUCCUGGAAUAUUUAACAGCAGAGGAGCAGCGGAUGGCAGCGAUAUUAGCAGCCGUCGGUUUAUCGACUACCCCGCGCCGCAGAUGCAGGACAGCCCCCGACGAAAGCGCUCCACAGUGUACCCGCUGUUUGACAGAACGAAUCGGGAACAUAACUAUCAAAGUCACCCCGUCAAAAUAAACGGAUACACCCCCGAAAAGUACACUUCGUAUUUUUCCAAUAACGUAAAGAAUUUGUCUAAUUUCAAUCCCAGACUAUCGCUCAAUCUGUCUUAAUUGA